GGACAAAAGAAAUAGCCGACGGGCGUCUUUAAUUGUAUCUGUGAUUGAGUUUUGGUGAAAGGCAAACAAAAUGAUAUUGCAAAGUUAACAAGAGGUAAUAACUGAGUUUUUCAACAGCGAAGGUGGUGACAUUGCCAGAGCUCUUUAUGAUGGAUGCAAAUGAUUCAAAUGCAAACAAGCAUGAAUCUCAGGCCAAAUACAAUCAGGCAAGAGAAGAACGAAAGAUGCUCCUCACCACUGCACACAACUACAUGAUUGACAUCCUGGCUGACAGGCUGUCCUUAGAGCCAACAGCAGUAGAGGAAUUUAUAUUAGAUUCUUCAUCUCUGGCUGCUUUUGAUAAUUUCUUCGCCAAAGGAGGUUGUAAAACCAUUUCCUUUGUGUAUCAAGAGUGUGAAGUCCCAGGAAUAGAAUGUGGACGCUCAUAUCCUGGGACUACCAAAGAGGGAAAAGUAUUGAGGCUGUUUUUAGCC